ACCGGAAAUGAUAGUUCACGAAGGAAGAAAAGUUUAAACUGUCAAUUGCAGCGCCUUUAGAUUCAAAAUGAGCUAUGCACGUAAUCUUCGUUUCUUUGGCACCACAUCUAGAGCUCGAAUUUAUACCAAAUGCAAAAUGAAUGCCGAACAAAGUGACUUCAAAAGAUUUAAGACGUUUGGUGUGCAUGAACCUGAGCCAAUACCGGAGAGUACUAAAUGGCGAUGGGCAUUCUUUGCUGCAGCUACAGUUGUUGCCUUGCAAGCUUUUUAUAUCUUUACUACUCGCAAGGAGCACGAGAGGCCAGAGUUUGUACCAUAUGAGCACCUGAGGAUAAGAUCAAGGCCGUUCCCCUGGGGAGACGGGAACCACAGUCUGUUCCACAACAGGAAGUACAACGCUUUACCGGACGGCUAUGAAGAAGAAUGUGACUGUGAAUAGUGACCUACGUCGACGUCUCAAGAACUUGGCAGUUACGUUGGCCAAGAAAAAAAGAUGUUCUUGUUUUGUUUUUCACAAAAGUACUUAUUAAAAGUUAUCUCAAACUAGCA